AUGAUAGGGGAGAAGAAAAAGCUUAAAAGACUACGAGAGUCAGAUUCCGGAGAGUCUGUGCUUCAUAUUGCCGUCAGCUGUCGGAGGAAUGAAGUUGCCAAGAUAAUAUUUGAAUAUGAUCCAAGUUUAAUCUACUGUGAUAGAAAGGAUGAGGACUAUCGUGGACAGACGCCUUUCCACAUUGCCAUAGCCAAGGCAAGAAAUCCUGACACGGAUGAUGGGCAAGAUCUAGUGAAAGCCAUGAUUGACACACUCGAACGUAAUGAAAUGCUUAAAGAGACGAUGGAAUGUACAGUUUCCGGAAAGAAAUUGAGAGGUACUGUUAUGUUAGGAGGGACGCCUUUGUCCAUUGCUGCUUUGAGUAAUAAUAAAACUGCAGUUGACCUUCUUCUUAAACAUCACGCUGAUCUAAAUGGCUCGGACAGUUCUGGGAAUACAGUUUUUCACUCGCUGGUCGUAUACGCAUCUUACUACCCAGAAAAGGCGCCUGCUAUUCUGAGUAUGUUUGACAAGUUGGCAAAACACGGUCAAUCGAAGUACAGAGAAAAUGUACAACGAAAAAAUGAGGAAAAGCUAUCAGCACUCCAUCUUGCUGCUGAGCACGGUCUGGAAAACGUGUUUAGUCACAUCCUUGAUCUGGAGAAUGCAUACAAGUUCUUCUCUAGUCACGACGGUGUUUUUGAUAUCUACGAAUGUGAUAUAACAGAGCUUGAUAAGGCAACCUGGGAUAGAGCCGUUCUACAGAAGUCAUCUGCCUACAGGAAAAUAGAACACAAAGCUGAAGGAUUGUCUAAAGGCAAGCAGGACUGUUGCAUAGUAAGCUAUUGCAAGAAACAGAGACAAAAUACGAGCCAGAGUAUAUUGGAAAACAUUUGCAGUUUGGAGUCAACCACAGCCUGUGCGUUUCUGAACAACUACACGGUCUACACUUUGAUAUACAAAAAGUGGAAGCGGUACUCGUGCGUCUACUACCUUUUCGUCGUUCUUCACCUGGCACUAAUGAGCAUCCUAACCUGGCAUUUGGAUCUCAAAGUUGACGCCAUCAUGGAUCCAGACAGGGCACAGAAGCAAACCUUGGUCCUCUUUGGAGAUAUGGUAAAAUUUAUACCAAUCAUUUUCAUAAUGAUAGUAGGAUUUACAAGCGCAUUGCACAGCUCGUUUGCGGAAACUCGUCCUGAGAUGUUUGGUAACUUCUCUGUCAGCCUACUAACCACGUUCAGUCUGAUGACUGGUCAAGGACAGUUAGAUCAACUUGAAGAUCCGAGUAAGGGAUCUGUCGUAGCUUUUGCUGUUUCGGUGAUAGUCAUCCAGAUAUUCCUCCUCAACAUCCUCAUCGCCAUUAUGUCCACCACAUGCGAAAGCGUCAAGAAUUCAAACAAUCUCUUGUGGCUUCAGAGAUUGUCCAUUGUCAUAUUCAUUGAAGGGAUACUACCAAAACGGCUGAAGCCACCCAUGGGGACGGAGGAUAAGACAGAUCAUAGAAGUACCAGAUAUCUUCUCGAAAUUCACCACUUGAGAGAUGAAGACUCCAGUAGCUUUGAACAGAAUGACAAUGGAAAUCUUACAGCAACAUUGCGCAAGUUCCUGAACCAAUCCAAAGUAGGGGAGACAACAACACGCCCUGACGACGGAGCGCCCCCUGUCCAGCAUCUGGUCAUUGAUAACUAUGGAACGACUAAAUGA